AUGUCUGGAGAUCAGCACGAUGAUCUCAAUCUAAAUGAGCUUGUAGGUACUCUACUUGCAACAGCAUCUACUGAUGAUCAAGAUGUUGAUCAUUUAGAGCAAAAAGAGCACGAAAACGAUUCAGAGCUUAAACAAAAGCACGAUGUUUUGAAUGAGAAAACUACCAUUUCCGAUUUGCCCGACACAGCACACUUUGGUGACGAUGAUAUAGCUGCAGCUGUUGCUCAUGCUAUAGGAACAAUAGACGAGGAAUCUGUAGAGAGAUUGGGGCAUGAAGACCUGGGUAGCUCAAAUUUACAACAUGAUGAGGAGAUAGUAUCUAGCGACCAACAACAACAUGAGCACUGGGCUACUUUAUUGCAGCAAGGAAUCCUCCACGAAGAACAGGAAAACGCCAAUGCCUACCAUGACCCUGAAAGCAGGCGCGACGAAACUACGAAUGAUAACGAAGGUGAUCUAAGAGAACAUCUGGAUCAUGAUGAUGAACAACUGCGGCGAGCUAUUAUGGAGUCACUACAGCAAUUUAAUGAACGGGAGCACCGAUCGUCUAAAGAAAAGGAUAAAUCCAAGUCCAAGUCCAAGUCGAAAUCCAAGUCGAAAUCGUCAUCCAAGACGAGUUCUAGUGAUAAAUCGAAGAAGGAUAAGAAAAAGAAGCAAAGCAAAAAGGAUAAGAAGAAGUCUAAGGAGAAAAAAUCCAGUUCGGAUGGCGUACCGAAUUUUGAGGAUGUCAUCAAAGGAUUUAUUGACCAGUCUACUGUAGAGUCUACACAGCAUGAUUCUAGCGAAAAUUUUGGUGAUGCUGAAACACAGGCUUUGGUUGACGCUACCCUAAAGGCGUUUGAGAACGAACUGUUAGGUACAAAUGAAUCUUCGUUGUCUUCGAAAUCAAGUUACAAGCUAACUGGUGAUAAAGCGUCGUCCAAGAGCAAAUCUAGUGUUGAAUCAAAAAGUAAGCCCAAAUACAAGCCAUCAGUGGCGGCACCUUUGCUAUUCCCACUGCCGCCUACGUCACAUAGUUCAAAAAAGAAGAAGGACAAAUCCAAGAAGUCAUCUAGUAAGAAGAAGGAGACCAGGGAUUCGGUAUCAUAUGAUGAGGAAGUCUUCUCAAAAGCUUUAGCUGAUAUGGUUAACCAGGUGGUGAACACCUCCUUUAAUGAUGCUCACCAAACCGCCCCUAAGAAGCAGUCGGCUGUACCACAUAUCACUACUGAUGUUGACAUGGACAUGCAUUCUGCUCAGGCCCCCAUUGCUAGGCAACAGGAAUCAAGUUACAAAGCUAGUUCGGGUUUUGAUGCAGUCCGUCGGCCAGCCCCCGAAGAAUCAUUUGAUCUAAACCAGAUCAUGCAAAAUGCUAUGGCUAUGGCAUUCCAAGAACAAGUUCAAGAUCAAUUAGAUCCCUCUAUUAUGGAGGAAUUCAAUAGGGAAUUGUCCGGGAUGCGUUUAUCUGGUUCAACUGAUUCAUCUGCUUCCCUUUCCAAAAAGAAGAGUAAGAGUUCCAAGAAGCCUAAAAAGCCUAAAUUCCACAGAGAUGAAUCCGAAAUUCUCGAAGAUGACAGUAGUAUGGAGGACGACCUGUCAAGAAGUUUGAGCAUUUCCAAGGUAAUAAUAUCACCAGAGGAGAUUUAUAAAAAGAAGUUCUCCAAAAUAGCCAAGGAGUGCGCCAGUCAAGCAAGGAAAAGAAUAUCUCAGAAGAAUAAGGAAUUCAAAGAGCAAUUGAAGCUAGUAAGGCAACAACAGCUUAGCGAGAAACAACGAGCAAGGGAAGAAAAGAGAUUGCGCAAACUUGCAGAAUCGAAAGAACUCGAGGAAAUAGUUGCAAGGGGACCUCCAUAUCCUCCGGACCUGAAGUUAACCAAAACUGGAAAACCCAAAAAGCCAUAUCGUCGUCUUACUGAAGAUGAAUUGGCCAGGAUGUCGGCAGAUCAUGCUGAUUCUAGGGAAAGAAAGCAGAAAAGAAAGGAGCGUAAAGAACGUCGAGAGCUUAAAGAUGCAUUGAGAAGGAUUCCUAUCUCGGCUCUCAAAAAGAUACCUUUAUUUAACUUCACUAAGGACCCUAAUGCUUCUGCUCUGAAUGAUAUAGAAGGCUCUCUUGCAAAAAUGCCCCACCUGGAUACCGCUGGAGCAAUAGCAGCAGCCGCUGCUAGCUCAAGAACCAGCAAUGGCUUUGAUCCCCAUAGGAAAACAGUUAUACACCGGGAAAAAUAUCUAUUUCAUCCACCAUGGGUCAUCCCUGAACACCCACCAUAUGCUCUGCCAGUGGCUCGUAGGAGAAACAAAACCGCAGAAUAUCGCUUUAACAAAAUAUACAAGAAACGGAAGACAAAGGCUCACAAGGCUACUUUGAAUAUUGGAAACCGGAUGAUACCUGCUGUUUUGUUCCCGAUCAUAAACACUUUGAAGGCAGCUGCAAGGGCUACAGCUGCAGCUGGUGCUACUCCUGAACAAUCUAGGCAGCAUCUAGGUUCAAUGCUUCAACAAGCGCGAGUGACGAUUGCAGAAGCACUGGCUAAGGCAAAGUCUCAAAACACAAGAAACUACGCAGCUAUUCGUAGUGAAGAUGACAUAAAGAACAUGCAUCAACAGGAUAACAAGGUCAAAAUGAUACCAUUAUUCACUGCUGCUAAUUUGAAGAAGCUUCAGAGCAAGGAACAUACAGAAAGCGUUGUAAAAACAGAUAAUACAGGUAAUACAGAUAAACGAGAAGAACAUCAAAGUUUAAUAAAGGAAGUACCAAAAGCAAACAUUGAAGUAGAUUUCUCAAGAAAUGAAGACAAAGAUAUAAAUGGGAAAGAAACCCGCCCUCGUCCAAUCAAAGUUGAGAAUGAGAAUGAAGGUUUACAUGAUGCUCUAAAAAGACAAUUAAUACGUUCACAUGGCUCAGAAGCAGCCCUUCCUUCUAAUAUUAAUUCACUAAUAUCUGAUACAAUAUCUAAUCUUCUUCCCAACCUAGACCAACUAAAAAACCUCGAUGAACUAAUAGAUGAUCCUUCCGUGGGUAAUAGUACGCUUUAUUCUAAACGCAGUUAUCGUAAAACAGCUUCCCGUUUUAAAAGCGUUUUAAACUUAGACGAUAUUUCACCGUUACCAAGUUCAGUUGGGUUAAAAGAAGAACCUCAAUUAACUAACACAUUAACUUCGGCAGUUGCUCGUCCUGUAACGCCACAAUCGGCACCGCCAACGCAACCAUCUACGGCAACUACUCUGGCUCCUGCUGCUCGGGCUAAUAAACGCUCUUCGGCUUCUGAACUAGUUGUUUAUGAUUUCCAUUUGCCGCUUAAAGAUGUAAAUGGUAAAGUAUCAAAAUCCGUACCUUUAAUGCGCCGUGUUAAGGCCUAUUUGGAAACUGCUGAAAUAACUCAGUUACGUAAGGAGAUCAAUAAAGAGCGUAAGCGUAAAUGGAGAGAGGCUAAUGUAGAGCGUAACAGAGACAAUGAUCUUCGUUCCCGCCUGAACCAGCGUGCGAAUACUCUGUUCGGGCGAGAAGAUUCACAAGCUAAAAGGCAUUGGGUAGAGGAACAAUACAAAGAACGGAUUAUCAAGCUUGAAGGUGAUGUGUCUGUUGGCAACGGCACGACACCUUCUUCAUCUACACCAAAAGAGAAUCACACUUCAGUCUCUGAUAAAGAGAUCUUAAAUCUAAUUGCUGUGCGUCUUAAUAGGUUAGAUGCAGCCCGUAAUAUUGAGCGUGAGAUCCAGAAUGAAGCUAGAUCCGCUUUAGCGGUAACCAAGAACCCUACAAAGUUGACCAAAAAGCCUCUUCCUGAUGCUUAUGGCUCACAAAUAGGGCCUAGCUCGCCACCCCCAACAGCACCAACAGCGACCGGAAUUUUUAACUCAAAGAAGUCAAAUGUAUCUAUUGACCCUGAAUUGGCGGUAAAAAGACCAAGAGACGAAGAUCGAAACCAGCUUCAGGAUGAGCAACCAUUACCCAAAAAGAUCGCGUUGUAG